AUGGCCUCUGCAGGGACAGAGCAUUAUAGUCUUGGCCUCCGCCGGGGAAACAGCUUCAAGCAAGGUGGUCCCCCGGGCCCAGUGCCGGCACCACCAGCUGAGAAACCCUCUGAGGGCAGAACCUGGUACCAGGCACAACAGCAAGUGAAGCCGCUCUGGAGACUAGAAAAGAAACACGUGGGCACACUUUCAUCAGGGCACGGCCCGGGUGGCCUGGGGAUCACUCCCCAGCCAGCUUAUUUUUUUUAUCCCGGCCCCCUGUGUGGCUCUGGGCCCACAGCUGUCAUCGCAGGCCACGGCAACUCUCCUUGUCAUCUGCACUCCCUCCCGGACCUCUUCAGCAGCACUUUGCUGUACCGUCGCUCCAACUACAGACACAAACCUUACCAGCAGCUUGAGUCUUUCUGUUUACGGUCAAGCCCAUCAGACAAAAGACCCUUUACUCUCUCCAGAAGGAGCCUCCCUGUGGGGCUCCCUGUCCCUAAGGUCAUCACCCCAGCCGUAGGUUCCAACCUUCCUGGGGCUAUGGCUUCUUCAGCCCCAGACCCAGGUCUCCCUCUGAGAGCUGCAGGGGAACACUCUUCAGGGAAGAGCAUGGCCCCUGCCAUCUCAGGGAAGAUCCCUUCCUCCCUCUCUCCUUCCUACAAGCCUGUGCUCAACAACAAUUCCUUCCUGAGGCCAAAUAGCACAAAAGUGCCUUCACAGCAGGUCUCAGAAGGCCUGAAGCCAGUACCCCCACCCAAGAUCCCAUUGCCUGUCUCUUGGCAUCAUUCAGGGGGCACUGGAGACUGUUCCCCCCUGCACCUUGAACACAGGGUAUCCAAGAGCAAUGGCACCAUCCCUGACCAUGCCACUGUCCAUACCACCACCACCACCACCACCACCACCACUCCUCCCACCCUUAACACCCUAACCACAACCACUACCAGCUCCCCUGCCAGAGGUGCCUCUCCCACUCAUGGCCAGAACGGCCCACCACCCCUAAAGGCAGAGCGGCCUUCUUGGACCUUAGAGGCUAAAGACGGUCCCCGAUCCUUUUCCAGGGAGAUCCGGUUGACUGAAGCUGUGAGGAAGUUGACAGGGAGGGGCUAUACCAAGAUGGGGCAAGGCUACCGGUUUGAACGGUCCUGUCUCAUGAACCCCAGCUUCCACUGGAAUCUCCUUAAUGGGAAUGGGCGGUGGCAGCCCCCUGUGGUGACUCCUCGGUUUGCCCGAGAAGACGGGGUUUUGGAGACUAGACCCCUUACGGAUGGCUCUGACAAUGUGGGGCUGGAUAGCACUGUCUUCUGUACGAAGCGCAUCAGCAUUCACCUCCUUGCCUCACAUUCCACCCCUCCCAACAAUGAACCUGCCAGUGGGAAUGGGAUGAGCAACACAGGAGAAAAACCUCAGGCUCACACUGUGACAGAUGUGGCCAACCGAAUUUCCUCCAUCCAUCUGAAUCAGUCAGUUAAAGGACAGAAAGAAGGCAAGCAGCAGCAGCAGCAGCAACAACAACAGCAGAAGAACAGCUCAUCUGCUAGAACCUUCAGUUCAAAUACUGACCUGUUCCAUGGUGAGGCUGAGGAUGUAGAAGAAGAGCUGGGAGAUGGUUUAGAAGACUGUUGUAGCCAAGAUGAAGAUGAAGAAGAAGAUGAAGACUCCGAAUGUUCUUCAGUCAGUGGUGUCUCAGCAAGUGAAUCAGUUGCAGUGAUCUCUCGGAACUGCAUGGAAGUUCUGUCCAAACCCCUUGCCAACCAUGAGAAAGUUGUCCGGCAACCCCUUAUCUACAGCCUCUUUCCUAAUGUUCCCCCCACCAUCUACUUUGGCACAAGGGAUGAGAGAGUGGAGAAGCUACCCUGGGAACAGAGGAAGCUGCUUCGAUGGAAAAUGAGUACAGUGACUCCCAACAUUGUCAAACAGACCAUUGGACGUUCCCACUUCAAAGUCAGCAAGAAAAACGAUGAUUGGCUGGGCUGUUGGGGUCACCACAUGAAAUCUCCCAGUUUCAAAACAAUUCGGGAGCAUCAAAAGCUGAACCACUUCCCAGGCUCAUUCCAAAUUGGGCGGAAAGACCGGCUCUGGCGUAACUUGUCUCGUAUGCAGAGCCGAUUUGGUAAGAAGGAAUUCAGCUUCUUCCCCCAGUCCUUCAUCCUCCCACAGGAUGCCAAACUUCUUCGAAAGGCUUGGGAGAGUAGCAGCCGUCAGAAGUGGAUUGUGAAGCCGCCAGCUUCAGCCCGAGGAAUUGGCAUUCAGGUCAUCCACAAAUGGAGCCAGCUACCUAAGCGAAGACCCCUUCUAGUGCAGAGGUACCUGCAUAAACCCUACCUCAUCAGUGGGAGCAAGUUUGACCUUCGGAUCUACGUUUACGUCACCUCAUAUGAUCCCCUCCGGAUCUACCUCUUCACGGAUGGACUCGUCCGCUUUGCUAGCUGCAAAUAUUCCUCUUCCAUGAAGAGCCUUGGCAACAAGUUCAUUCAUCUGACCAACUACAGCAUCAAUAAGAAGAACACAGAGUACCAGGCCAACACUGAUGAAAAUGCUUGCCAGGGCCAUAAGUGGGCACUGAAGGCCCUUUGGAACUAUUUGAGCCAAAAAGGAGUCAACAGUGAUGCCAUCUGGGAAAAGAUUAAAGAUGUUGUUGUCAAAACCAUCAUUGCGUCAGAGCCUUAUGUGACCAGCUUGCUUAAGAUGUAUGUUCGCCGGCCCUAUAGCUGCCAUGAGCUCUUCGGUUUUGACAUCAUGCUAGAUGAAAAUCUGAAGCCCUGGGUCCUGGAAGUCAAUAUCUCUCCAAGCCUUCAUUCCAACUCACCACUAGACAUCAGCAUCAAAGGCCAGAUGAUCCGAGACCUCCUGAACCUGGCGGGCUUCGUUCUUCCCCAUGCAGAGGAUGUCAACUCCAGCUGUGGCAGCUCUAGUAGCUCCACCAUCAGUCUUAGCAGUUCCACGAAGGAGAAGACCAGGUUGGCUCCAGAGUACUUCACAGCAGAGAAAAUGAAGAAAGCCUAUUACCUGACCCAGAAACUGCCUGAUCAGGACUUCUAUGCGUCGGUGCUGGACAUCCUGACGCCAGAUGACGUUCGGGUCCUCGUGGAAAUGGAGGAUGAGUUCUCACGCCGGGGCCAGUUUGAGCGGGUCUUUCCCUCUCGAGUCUCUUCCCGCUAUCUCCGUUUCUUUGAGCAGCCACGUUAUUUUAAUAUCCUGACCACGCAGUGGGAACAGAAGUACCACAGCAACAAGCUCAAAGGGGUGGACCUGCUCCGGAGUUGGUGCUACAAAGGCUUUCACACUGGAACCGUUUCUGACUCUGCUCCCAUGUGGUCCCUGCCAAGAUCACAUAUCGUCAUGAAGGGUGACAUCCUCCUCAACGCCUUCUGUAAAACAGAGCUGAACAAACUGGGGAAGACUCCCCAUUCUACAAAGGACAAUGAGGAUACCACCCAAUCUUCUAGCCCUUGCUCUCCAGUGUUACCUAUGCUCAAAUAUACAGGGCAAGCUCAGAGACUCCCUGUUUCCCCUUCAACCUCAAAAGUCAACAACAACCUUGUUGCCUCUGUGAGCCCAUGAUCAACUCCCUCCCCAGGAGCACCAGCGCAAUAGCUACCUCAUGGGAACCGGCCUGCCGGCCAGCCUGGAACCCCAACCCUGUCCACCCUGCCCCUGGUCAGAGUAUUUUUGGAAAAGGUUGAAUUCCAGAGAGGGGGUUUCUAUGGGGCUUAGAGGGAUGGUGGAGCUGGGGAGAGGGUAAGGAAGGGGAUAUGUCCCAUUCUCCUGCCUACCUGCCCAGCUCCUGUCAUCCCAGCUGAGAAGCAAACAGUGGCCAUUGCAGCCUUAUAAAACAGGGUUUGAUUUCUA